AUGAAUAAUGAACGUCAUUCCAGUACCAAGAAAACACCGUAUCAGAUUAUGUUUAAGCAACAGAUGGAAUACCACGGUACUCUGGUUCUCGAGAGAUCAGAAAUUGAAAUCGAGUAUGAAGUAGAGGCUCUGGUGGUUAAGAAGAAUCGGAAGCGAUGCCGGCUGUUCAUUCUCCGUAUCAAGGACCUUGGUAUAAGGUUCCUAACACCGACCAGGUUUGAGAAAGGUGAUACGGUGGCAGUUAAGAUUCCAAGAAAGCACCGCAAUGCCACAGACCCGAGCAGAUUCUUCUGCAUCAUCCGUCACAAGCCGCACCCCGACAGAUAUCAGCUUCAAUGUAAGUACGGUAUCCUAAGAGAGUACUAUCCAACUCGCGAAAUGGAAGUAGUUCCACCAACAUUCGAUAACGGAAUCAAUGCUGAUACCCCAACGACAUUGAUUACAUUGGCCGCUGCCUUCAGGAGAAGCAUUUCCGACUCAGUCAAUCCACCAACCGCCGCUACCCGUUGUGACUGUAGGCGGGUGUGCAACACCCGCUACUGUGCUUGUUUUAAACAGAACGAACCAUGCAGUGCAGGCUGUUACUACACCAAGGCAGGAGGAAAGAGUCCCUGCAAGAACCCGUUUAAGAUACAUGAGAAUGUCGAGGAGGAGGUGGCGGAGGAAGAAGGGGAAGAGGACGACGGGGAAGAGGAAGACGGGGAAGAGAAUGAAGCGAUGGACGAUGUCAUAGAGGACACUAUGCUUACCUUAGAGGAGAAUAUUCGUUCUAGAAUUGAGUCGCCUAAAUUUCGAGAACUCAUAUCCUACCUCAUUGUGAACUAUAGGAGCAAUCCCUUAAUCCAGAAUUUUCGGAACAGGAGACCUGCUCGCAUCAGUGGUAGGAGAGUCAACGUGGUCAGAGAGGAUAUUGAAAGUCAGAUGAAAACUCUUCCGGGGGGCUACUACACUCAAGCACGCUCAAGCUUAGGAGCUCUUGUAUUCGAAGACUUUGGUAGUAAUCACAGGCAGAACCUAGAAGCUGCCAUGAUAUUAGGGGGUGAUAAUAAGGCUCUUUCCUAUGCCAUCUGUACUGAAGUGAUUACACCCGCUAUCAUUGUUGAAUUCAUCAAGGAAGAUAUGAAUAUUCAGAACGAAGACGCAUGGGCUCUUUUGAAGAACAAGAGCGCUGUUGAAUAUGGAGAAUUUUCAGCCUACGAGGAGAUCUAUCAGGACAUGCAGGUGAGGAAGAACAGGGGAAGACAUUCUUGA